UCAUUUUUUUUUUUUGCAAUGCCUAUUUUAUCAUUGCAGCGUUUUGUUAUCCACAAUACGUUGUCAAAAUCAAUUGAAAGCUACUACCAGGAAUCAGGGAGAGCAGGAAGAGAUAAUCUUCCAGCAGCAUGCAUUGCUCUGUACCAGAAAAAAGAUUUCAGUCGAGUUGUGUGCAUGUUACGGAGUGGACAAGGUUUUAAGAGCGAAAGCUUUAAGAAAGCGAUGGAUCAAGCAAAGAAAAUGCAAGAAUAUUGUGAACUGAAGACUGAAUGUCGAAGGCAAACACUUCUAGAGCAUUUUGGAGAGCCUUUCAACAGGCAUGGCUGCAUGUCUGGUCUCAGUCCCUGUGAUAACUGCUUAAAGAUGUCUGGAUGAAUCUAUCUACUUUGAUGAUUUGUAUGCAUUCAUCUUGAAAAAUUCCAAUCGAUUUCUCCAUGAUCCUUCCUCUACAAUUCUUUUACCAACCACCCCCACACCCCCCAAAAAGGCAAAUAAAUGAAUAAAUAAACUGGAUAUAUUUUCCCUGGAGAUGAGAGAUUGCACUGUUUUAACUUGAAGCUGUGGCUGUACAUUUCCAGAGAUUGUUUGUGGAAGCUGGUAUAGAACAGGUGGUGGUCAGGGACCUGGGGCUUGAAAACCUUGGCAUCAGAACAUCACAUAUCAGGUUUUUUCACUUUUUGAAAUUAAUUUUAUAUAUUCAGCGUAUCAUCUUAGACUUAGUGGACAGUCAUAGUGAUUGUUUUCUUUUCCGGU